CAUGAAUGAAGAAGGCAAAGAAAUUUCAAUCAAUCAAAUAACUAAUAAAUAAAUUAUGUCUUCUUCUUCGAUCCUUCUUCCCCAUUAAAAUAAAAAUCCGGGUUUCCAUUCAACUCUGGUUAUCCUUGGUCUCUCUCUUCUUCCUCCUCUAUCUCUCCACCAUCUCUUCCUCAAUCGGAGAAGAGACAAAAAAAACCUAGUCAACCCCGAUUGAACUUAAAUCUCCCCAAAUCCUCAUCCAGAUCCACCAAGUAAUGAAAUUAUUAUAAAAAUUUAGAAGAAAAUGUCGUCUUAGAUUGAGGUUGUUGUUGAAGAAGAAGAGAUCGAGAAAACAACAGGGAAAAAUGAAGUAGUAUCAUCAACGGAGACUAAUAAUAAGAAUGAUAAUGAUGAGAGUUUACGGAAUGAUGUGUAUACAGCAGCAGCAUAUGGUGAUAUGGAGAAGUUACAAAGAUUGGUUGAGUCUGAAGGUUGUUCAGUUUCUGAACCAGAUGGUUUAGGUUAUUAUGCUUUACAAUGGGCUUCGUUAGAUAAUCGAACUGCUGCUGCUCAGUAUAUUAUCGAGCAUGGUGGAGAUGUGAAUGCAUCUGAUCAUACAGGGCAGUCGGCAUUACGUUGGAGUGCUGUAAGAGGUGCAGUUCAAGUUGCUGAGUUAUUACUCAAGGAAGGUGCUCGCGUUAAUGCCACGGAUUUAUAUGGUUAUCAGGUUAGAUUUUUUGAGUAUUCGAAUUUUAUCAGACCCUUACUUUUGUUGAAUGGUGUAUAAAGAGAGGAGAUAGCUAGUAGAUGAGAAAGAACAUAAAACUUACAUAUGAUUAGACUAAGUGGUCGAAAAAUUCUUUGAAGACUGGAGGAGUUAAUAACAAAAGGUCAAUUUUGUAUAUCUUGAUUUUGUUUAGUUAGUUAAUCAUGUUUUAUAGUUGGAAUGGGCGAGGACCAUGCGGUUGGUAAAUUAACUUGUAGACGGUUUACUUUAACUUUUAGAGUCUAGUUGUUGUGUAUUGCUAAAUGGGAGUAGAACUCUGUAGGGUCUAAGUAGGAAAGGCUUUUGUAUGAGGAAGGAAAUUCUUUGAUAGUAUAUUCGACAAGAGCAUCAGUAAUUUAAUGUGAAAUGUUAAACCUUUAAGGCAGUAUGUAUUGGGAUUGAUAGUCUUAAGUUGAAUUAAAUGAAAGUCCUAGGUGCUGUUUUAGUAUUGAUUACUGAAUACUUGUAACUCAUAGUGAAACGAUGAAUACAAUAGUUAUCUUGUUUAAGCUUUGUAGGUGUUUUUGGAGAAAUAAGCUUGUACGACGAAAUUGGCUCAAAACGUGGUAUUUGAACCUCCGUAGCAGACGUACCAGUGACAUCCCAGAAAUACCCCGGAGGAACCCCGAGAAAAGUGUUGAAAACAUCCCAGAAAAAUUACUAAACGCACCCAAUGGGCAAGUGUUAUUCGGACUCUCACUAUGGAUAAGAGGUAACCUAUUUCGGGCAUGUGCUAAAGGGACACCGGAACUGGAUAAGGGGGAGGUCACCUUCACCUUUUGAAUUUUGAAAUUGGCGGGAGUGUUCAUCACAUCUGUUGAAUUUUGGGAGAAGAUUUGAUCGAGUUCUAGGGCGAUUCAAUCGCUGAAACUUGGUGGGUAUCUUCCUUGGAACCAAACAAGCCUAGUAUGAUCAUUGGUUUGUACCCAAAUUGGCUGGAAAUCGAGUUUUAAUCAAAACAAGAAAAAUAGGGAUUCGCGGGUUCUGUUGAUUGGAGGAAGAGAUUACGUGAGGUAUUAGAAGUGUACCAAUGGCUAGGAUGAUUCCUUGGACAUCAUAGAAGAGUUCUAAACACAUCAGGACACAAAAGAAACCGCGAGAAUACAGGAAAAAUCCAUUAUCCGUAACUUGGAAGAAAAGAAUAAUCCGAGAUAUACUCGGAUUCGAUUAGGUUUUUGUGUUUAUAAGGAGUUGCUACGAGUCCCAGAAGAGGAUAGGGAGUUUGGGGAGAAGUUGGACGUUCAGAGAGCUUUAGAGCACCACAGAGCUCUAGAGAUCGAGUUGCAGGGAGUCCGUUGCUGCUGCUGCAGGUGCUGAAGAACAACAUUGCAAAUAAGAACAACGUCUCAAAUUCGCAACAGUGUUACAUUCAAAACCCUCUGUAAUAGUCAGUCCAUUGUAACAGCUUCUUUGUAACGCCAAUAUAACGUCUUAAACAGUAUGUGUUACUACUUUUCAAUCUUUUAA